ACUCUAACUUUCGUAAGAAGGUAUGCUCGUAUACGAACUGAACGACCGGGCUUCACAACAAAAACAUGGCCACAUGAGUUGGAUUAUUCCGAGUCUCCCGGUGCUGCUGCUGUUGAAGUGUUACCUGAAAACUUUGAUGCCGCUGCCGAACUUGCUGCAGAAAUAAAAAAAAUCCAAGAAUCGCAAGUGAAGAUUUCUCAAUGGCAGCAAAGAAGAAUGAAGGCUGAAAUUUCUUGGGAAGAAAGUCGUUCAGUUCUAUUUGAGUGGGAGGUGUGUAGGCACGCUGUUCCAGUUGAAGGCAGGUAUGACCUUUAUCUGCCCAUAUUUGAGUGUCAAGAGUGUGGAUACAGCCUUCCUGCAGAUGCUAAGAUGUUGUAUGAUGGUGGAUACUUCUGCUCAUCAGCCAGGAAAAGUAACACAUUCUUCAGCACCAAACUCCUGAACAACUGGCAUUUCCUUAAAAGGAACAGUCCAGGUUUAUCAAUGAAAUCCUUGUUAAUAGCGCUCCAAGCGCUUGGCUCUCAUAAUGGAAGAGAUGGUUGCAUCAACUUUGAAGCUGUUAAAAGAACAUUCCAGGAGUGA